UUCUUCUAUGUGGUUUUUUCGGUACCCUAAAUCCUAUCCUUCGCUGAUGGACUCUCACCCCAACCCCUCCGUGGAUGAUGAUGACGAUUUGCCGGAAUGGUGUGUACCUCUCACAUUCCCCUCCUAUACUCCACCACCAGGAUCCGCCAUUCAUACUGUGGCUCCGCCGGCGAAUGAUGAGGUGACUCAUGCCACUGAGUUUAUGGGCCCCGGCGAGUUCGCCGAAGACGGUGCUCAUGAAAACCGGCGGAAACGUCGUCCUUUUGGUGCUCAGGGUAAUAGGUCUCAGUUUAGGGAUUGGUAUGGAAUGAGACGGGGAGUUGGUGUCCAGGGCAAAUUCCACCCCUAUCCUCGUCAGGAGGUUGACAUUGGAGCCGUCCACUUUCAUGGCAAUGAUGUUCAACAUGGAAAAUCAACGGUAGUUGAGAAUUUUGGGCAGCAAUCGGUUGCACAUGAAGUAGUUCCUAAAAUCAAUCUGUCAACACCUGGAGAAGACGCAGUGGCACUGGAGCCUCCUUCAUUGAAAGAAUCUUUGCUGCUGCAACCAUCCACCCUUCCACUUUCAUGGUGCGAUGUCUGCCGGGUUGACUGCAACAGCCUGCAAGUCCUAGAGAACCAUAGGACUGGGAAGCGCCAUAAGAGAACUGUCCAAUUAUUGGAAAGGAUGGAAGGGCGACCGGACAUGGCUGAAAAGUUAGUAGCUGAUAAUGACACGAAACCCGAGCAACACAAUGAAUCUGUUAUAGAAACAUCAAAUAUAAAAUGUGAUGCAAAUGCGAAUCGAAAGAAGAAGCGGAAGAGGAACACUGCACCCGAGCAGCCUCGUGUUUGUGUUCUAUGCAAUGCAGUUUGUAAUAGCGAGGCCAUGUUCCAGGCUCAUCUGGUCGGAAAGAAGCACGCAUCCCGGAUAUGCCAAUUCCAGAGACCCAAUACUAUUUUUGGACAAAUGAAUGGUUACAUUCCCACCAGCCAGUCAUCAACUUUGGCAUUGCAGGAUACUCAGCCUUUGUAUUAUGGCCUUAUGAACUGUGAACAACCUCAAGAUUAUGCUGUUUUGAGUCCAAUUUAGAAAUAGGAUUCGAGUGCUAGGAGGAGAAUCUAUAGAAUCUGAAGGUCAAUAUGGCUCAAGAGUAUUUAUUACUGACUCUGUGGAUGUUCUCACAUAAUGUAUAGUAUUUCAUUUAGCAAACUGAAGGUUCUGGGAAAGUAGCUGAUUGGUUUUUUUGUGUUAGUUUUGGCUUCUCUGUAGGACAUGACUGAAGCAUGGGGUAAGAUAGUUGUGCUGGCCUUCAAAUUCAUAACAAAAGUUUCGGCAAAUGUUAAAAGAACAUUGAGUUGAUUGACUGCUAUGAAUGGAGUUUUAAGUUUUUGAUUCCUUA